AUGAUGCACCCGUCGAGACAGGCGAGGGUGGAGGAGGAGCCUGAGGACGACUCGCCUGGUGUGAGUCUCGCCGACCUUCCCGUCGACCGAAACUAUGACAUCCCCUCCGCUGCCGCAGGCGUCGCGCCGGAGAGAGCAUCUGCUCUUCUCUCACAGUUCGAUCGCAAACGCCGUGUGGCAGCAACGGUGGUACCCACAGAUGAUGGCAAGGUCCGCGCGCAACUCCGCGCAAUGGGAGAGCCCAUCACUCUCUUUGGCGAGAGCAAGGGCGACCGCCGAGACCGCCUCCGAGAACUCGUGACUACUGCUGCGGAAGACGACGAUGAGGAGGAUACGUCCAUGGCCGAUGCAGACGAGCCACCGCCAGACCAGGAAGAGGAGUUCUAUGCAGAAGGUACACAGGCUCUCCUCGAUGCUCGACGAACUAUAGCUCGGUAUUCUCUGCCACGAGCACAAGCACGAGUCGCGCGUCAGAGGGAAGACAGUGGCAUUCCUCUGCGAACACACAUCAAGCACCGCAAAGCCAUCAAAGAGCGCCUGUCUGGCUUCGAGCUUUUCGGCUCUCAAAUUGCGGGCGAACGGCCCGUCAGCAUCUCCCGCUUUUCACCGAAUAACGAAAUCGUUGCCGCUGGCAAUUGGAACGGAGGCAUCAGACUGCUAUCCGUCCCCAACCUCGAAACAACGCGUACCUUACGGGGCCACACCGGCAUAGUAGGCGGUCUGUCCUGGUUUCCUGGCGCCACACUUCCCAGCUCCACCGUCUCACCCUUGUCUGUCAACCUCGCCUCCGGGUCCGGCGGCCAAGGCGGCACACCCAACAUCCACCUCUGGUCCCUCGACUCCGACACACCCCUUUCCACCCUCUCAGGCCACACCGACCGCGUCAGCCGCGUUGAGUUCCACCCGUCAGGCAAAUACCUCGCCUCCGCCUCCUUCGACACCACUUGGCGCCUUUGGGACGUCGAAACCACAACCUCUCUUCUCGCCCAAGAAGGCCACAGCCGAUCCGUCUACACCGUCUCCUUCAAUGCCGACGGCAGCCUCCUCGCCUCUGGUGGCUUAGACUCCAUCGGACGCAUCUGGGAUCUCCGCACGGGAAGAACGGUCAUGAUUCUCGACGGGCACAUCCGCGAGAUCUUCGCCAUGGACUGGGGCAUAGACGGCUAUCGCGUCCUCUCUGGCAGCGGCGACGGCUGGGUCAAAUGUUGGGACAUCCGUGCUGUGCGCGCUUCUGGUGGGUUGGGCGCACACAACGGCAACGUUUCGGAUCUGAGGUGGUUCAAGGGCAUUGACGGUGAUCUAAGCAUACCUGCACAGGUCGACACAGCCAUGACUGACGCGCCGGGCCCAACACUCACAACAAACACUAACGGAAACUCAGCCAUAUCAGCACGAGACCGCGAGCCACGGAAAGCAGGCACUUUCUUCGUCUCCGCAGGCUUUGACAAGAACGUCAACAUCUACAGCGUCGACGACUGGGCGCUGUGUCGGCAGCUGAGCGGGCAUUCGGGCAAUGUGCUGAGCGUGGAUGUGAGUGCUGAUGCUAAGUGGAUCGUGAGCUCCGGGCAUGAUCGGACGGUCAAGCUGUGGGGGAGAGAGGACGGACAAGGGAUAUGA